AAUCCUUCGUCUGCGGGAAGUAAACACAAAGCGGCGGGAAGGCGAAAGCUCGUGGGAAUUCCGCGAUCUCUCUUCUCGUUUUAUGUCAUUCUCUGGCAGUGUUAGGGCCAAUGAAGGCAGCUGAGAAGUGGUUACUGAACCUCAGGAAAAUGGCCUUGUGUGCCUUGCCAGCAGAUACCAUCCGGCUCAUCAAGAGCACUCAGGUCAUCACUACUCCGGUUUCCAUUGUUAAGGAGCUUGUUGAAAAUGCUGUUGAUGCUGAGGCCUCAACAGUGUCUGUUAAAUUGGAGAACUACGGAUUUGUGAGGUUAGAAGUCCGAGAUAAUGGAAAGGGCAUCAGUGAGGAGGAUAUCAAGGUCGUAGCGAAACCCCAUUUCACAUCAAAGAUUUCUUCUUUUGCGGAUCUGUUUUACAGUCGCUCAUUCAAGUUCAAAAAUAGUAAGAGUAAUAACAUGAUUACAAUUCACAGCUCGAUGUGGAUUCAGAGAGAGCUUGAUCCUGUUUAA